AUGUCGAACCCAGAUCUCGCGUCCAAGAAGAGAAAGAGAAAGCACGGCGCUGCCAAACCUGCCGAUGCGCCUGUUCCUGUCGUCGCCGCCGCCGCCGUCUCGGAUGCUGAAGUAAAGCCGCGCAAGAAGAGCAAGAGUGCUGAAGCGAAAGCAAAGGAUGCGGAGAAAGAGGAGGAACUGAACGAAGAGUUGCGCGUAGAGUCGGCACUGCAAGAGGAGGUCAGCGAGGACGAGGCAGAGGCUGAGGCAGAGGCAGAGGCAGACGAGACCAUGGCCGACGUAGAAGAAGACAAGCAGGACAUUGGCGAGCCCUCAGAUCUGCCCUCGGCGCUUGGAGUCUCUCUCCCUGGACAGGAUGCUCUGCCCGAGAAGUUUGCCGACAUCAACCUUUCCGACAAGACGCUCAAGGCGCUGGCCGACAUGAAGUUUGAGAACAUGACCGAGAUCCAGGCCAGAGGUAUCCCGCCUCUUCUUGCUGGCAAGGAUGUUCUGGGAGCUGCAAAGACUGGUUCGGGCAAGACUCUGGCUUUCUUGAUUCCCGCCAUCGAGAUGCUGCACUCGCUCAAGUUUAAGCCUAGAAACGGAACUGGUGUCAUUGUCGUCUCUCCCACGCGUGAACUCGCUCUUCAAAUCUUCGGUGUCGCCCGUGAACUCAUGGCUCACCACUCUCAAACAUUCGGUAUCGUCAUUGGAGGCGCCAACCGCCGCGCCGAGGCCGAGAAGCUGGUCAAGGGUGUCAAUCUGCUCAUCGCUACACCUGGACGCCUGCUCGAUCACCUGCAAAACACCCAGGGCUUUGUCUACAAGAACAUCAAGGCGCUGAUCAUCGACGAGGCCGAUCGCAUUCUCGAAGUCGGUUUCGAAGAUGAAAUGCGCCAGAUCAUCAAGAUCCUGCCCAAGGACGAGAGACAGACCAUGCUCUUCUCGGCCACGCAAACCACAAAGGUCGAGGAUCUCGCCAGAAUCUCGCUGCGACCCGGUCCUCUCUACAUCAACGUCGACUACCGAAAAGAGCACAGUACCGUCGAGAACCUGGAACAGGGCUUCAUCGUCUGCCAACCCGACAUGCGUUUCCGUCUGCUGUUCACUUUCCUCAAGAAGCACCCCAAGAAGAAGAUCAUCGUCUUCUUCUCGUCGUGCAACUGUGUCAAGUACUACGCCGAGCUCCUCAACUACAUCGAUCUGCCCGUCCUGGACCUCCACGGCAAGCAAAAGCAACAGAAGCGCACGAACACCUUUUUCGAAUUCUGCAACGCCAAACAGGGCACUCUGAUCUGUACCGAUGUCGCAGCCCGUGGUCUGGACAUCCCCGCCGUCGACUGGAUCGUGCAAUUCGACCCCCCAGAUGACCCAAGAGACUACAUUCACCGUGUCGGUCGUACUGCCAGAGGUGCCAACACAAAGGGCAAGAGUUUGAUGUUCUUGCAACCAAACGAAGUCGGUUUCUUGAAGCACCUCGAGGAGGCUCGUGUGCCCCUGACUGAAUUUGAGAUGCCCGAGAAGAAGGUCUUGAACAUUCAGAGUCAGCUGGAGAUGCUGAUUGGCAAGAAUUACUACUUGAACAAGUCGGCCAAGGAUGGAUACCGCUCAUAUCUCCAAGCCUACGCCUCCCACUCCCUCCGCUCAGUCUUCAACGUCAACGAACUCGACCUGGUCAAGGUGGCCAAGAGCUUCGGCUUCAACACACCGCCACGCGUAGACAUGCAACUCGGCUCCAGCAUGAAGAUGGGAGACAAGAAACCAGCUGGUCGUCGCCCAUACGGCAGUCAACCCAGGCAAGGUGGAAACUACAAGCGCCAACGUCAGGAUUAA